GAUAUAUUUAUAUAUGUAAAUAUAUUGCCUUCAUAUAACAUACUACCUCUUUUUUUUUUUUUACAUUCAUGCACAAAAAACUAAUUGCACUAAAAAAAUUUGCAUUUUAAUAUGUUAAACAAAUGUCGUGUGUAUGUAUCAAGAUGAAGCAACAGGACUCGAUUAAUGUCUACACCGCGCUGGUUUCCCUUCGUUCCCACAGCGCCUGAACGCAGCAUGGACAUGCUCUUCCCUGAUUGGAGGAGAUAAGGGACCCCUCAGUAACCCGACACUCGCCCCCACGCGCGUGUGACUGACGGUAAACUUUCUGCGCGAGCUCCGCCAGUCGGUGAGAGCGGCGGACCGGUGGCCCCUCGGACGUCUGGAGCGGAUACCUCCUCCGUUAAUUAUGUCCGGUUAACGGGCUUUAUUUGUAAACCCGGCAGUGUUGGAGAAGCGGGAGGUGAAUUACAUACCGGAGACAUGGAGGCGGUGAGUCAGUGGAGCCCGCAGCAAGUGGCCGACUGGAUGAGAGGGCUGGACGACGGGCUGCAGCAGUACGUGGCGUCCUUCCAGCGGCAGCAGGUGGGCGGCGCCCGGCUGCUGGCCGCCACCCACCGGGAGCUGCUGGCUCUGGGCCUGAAGCGGGUCGGACACCAGGAGCUGGUGCUGGAGGCCGUGGACCUGCUGUGUGCACUGAACUGCGGCGUGCAGAAGGACCACCUGAAGACUCUGAUUGGCCGGAUGAGGGCGGCGCACCACGACCUCGCCGCCUCGGUGUCGCAGCGCCGCAAGAACCCGGCCUACCACAACAAGAUCUCCCACCAGCCCUCCAACGAGUUCCUGACCGCCGUGGUGGAGCUGAUCGGGGCCGCCAAGAGCCUGCUGGGCUGGCUGGACGGGACUCCUCCUCCGGGCGCCGUCGACUUCACCUCCACCAAGAGCAGAAUCAUCCAGCUGUGCCUGGAGCUCACCUCCACCGUCCAGAAGGUCAGCGUAGGAUUCAAACUGUUUCCUGUCUCUUUGUUUCAGUCGCGAGCGCUGACGGCCGUCUGUGAGCAGACGGUGCAGACGACCUCUGACCCCUCGCAGAGCGACCUGUCCUGCCUGGAGGAGGUGCACCUCACCAACAUCAAGCCUGGGGAGGGCCUGGGUAUUUACAUCAAGUCCACCUACGACGGGCUGCACGUCGUCACGGGAACCACGGAGAACUCGCCUGCAGAUAAAAGCCAGAGGAUCCACGCCGGGGACGAGGUCGUGCAGGUCAACAAGCAGACGGUGGUGGGCUGGCAGCUGAAGCACCUGGUGGAGAAGCUGAGGGCGGAGUCAGGGGGCGUCGUCCUGCUGGUGAAGAAGAGGCCGUCCUCCGGGACGUCCGGCGGCUUCACGCCCGCCCCGCUGAAGAAUUCCCCGGGGGGCCCUGAGUGCAACCCCCGCCCUGCCCACGCGCCUUUGAGCAAGGCACCAGAGCUGCUGCAGCGGUUCCUAAGCAACGAGGGCAUCGGCAGCAUCCCGGAGGAGGAGCCGUGCUUCCCGCUGCCGUACCGCGGUCACCCGGCGGGCCGCGGCGUCGACCACAUCCGGGGCAGCCGCUGCUUCAUCAACGCCAACCUGCACGGCGGCGCCGUCCCCCACCAGGAGGGGGCGGCGCCCAAGAAGUCCGCCUCCUCCUCUUCCUCCUCUUCCUCCGCCGUUUCUCCUCCGAUGGCCGAGAACAAACCGUCGACGUCGCUGCUGAGCGGCUGGCUGGCCCGACUCCGGCUGCUCAGCCACUGAGGAGGAGACACCAGCGGCUCCUCCUCUGGCUCCUCUAGUGGCUCCUCCUCUGGCUCCUCCUGGCUCCUCCUGGCUCGUCCUCUGGCUCCUCCAGUGGCUCCUCUAGGAGGUCUGGAGAUGUCAGUGGCUCCUCCUUUGGCUGCUCCUCCUCUGGCUCCUCCUGGCUCCUCCAGUGGCUCCUCUAGGAGGUCUGGAGAUGUCAGUGGCUCCUCCUUUGGCUGCUCCUCCUCUGGCUCCUCCUGGCUCCUCCAGUGGCUCCUCUAGGAGGUCUGGAGAUGUCAGUGGCUCCUCCUUUGGCUGCUCCUCCUCUGGCUCCUCCAAUGGCUCCUCUAGUGGCUCCUCUAGGAGGUCUGGAGAUGUCAGUGGCUCCUCCUCUGGCUGCUCCUCCAGUGGCUCCUCCUCCUCCAGGAGGUCUGGAGACAUCAGAUUUUACCAAAGGCAAAGAAGACACAAACUGUUUUUACCUCCAUUUUAAAUGAGUACACUUUUUAAAGAAUAGUUUUUUUAGUUUCCUUUCCGGUGGUCUCGGUGAGGUCCGGGUCGACUCCAGGGACCCGUGACAUCACCGUUUGGCCACGCCCCCCAGCCUGAGCGCGGCGCUCCUUGACUCCUCAGAACAAACAGCUGGUGGACUGGGAUCCAGUUCAUCGGAACUGUAAAUUCCUACUGAUUCAAAGAUCCCUGAAGCCUCCAGAAGAACCCUGGACCUCGGGACAUGUAAACUGUGAAUGCAGUGAAUAAAAACACUUUUUAAUGUUGCUUUCAUUUCGUUAUGCUGCACACAGUUUGGCCCCGCUGAGCUUCCAUAGGGACGUCCAACGCCUUCGGGAAUAAAUGUUUUUAUAGUUUUGGGCCAGAAGCAUACCUCAUGCAUCCAACAGCUUCUUAUUGUUACCACCUUGUUACAGAAGAAUCAAUAAACAGAUUUAUAAUCUGUAAAAUCGAACCGAGAGGUUUGCUGCCCUGACUCCGGUCUGACAGGUUCAGACUCAGCCACCUCGGUGCGUCUAUGAACUCGUUUAUUUGUCUGUAAAUAUACGUUUCAGAGAUUGUUUUAUUUUAUUGAAGAUAAACGAAUAAUAAACACGAGCUCAACAUCAUCGAUAAGUGAACCGUCAAAAGAAGAAUGAGUGACUCGUUUCACCACUAAGGCCUUGACACGCGCAGCAGCACGUUAUUGAUUAUUAAUGACGUCGUGUUCACGGCUGCUGUGGAAACGCGAGAUACAAACUAAAAUGUGAGUGAAGAGUUUGUGUGGAGCAGCUCGGAGGUAAAGUCUUUCAUUUCUUUGGUUUCUGAUCUUCAGAUCUUCGAUCGGCUCCUCGUGAAGUUCCCAUCUUUUAUUUUGGUAACCAGAGAAACCACUCGACACGUUGCGCAAUACGUAUACGAAGUGUACAAAAGAUUAUCAGAGUAAUUAAAACUGUAAAUGUCACAUUCCUGUCUUUUCUCUUUUCUCCAACAUCUGAGAUUUCCAUUUAAAGUGAGACUGUCACUUUUUACAGUGUACAAAUCAUUCUAUAAAUAUAAAGUACCAUUAUUAAAUAUAUAUAUAAUACA